AUGGGCUUGAUGUGUCUCGCCGAGUCCUACAAGAUCUACAGGCUCUAUGUGGAGGAGCGUUUGUACACCCAUCCAUUGUUUGAGUUGGCCCGCUCAGACACCAGCCGGGUGGUGGAUCGCAAUGGUGCCAGUACCAGGUUGAACACCUCCGAGCGCGACGAUCCCGAAGCGGCCAACCCUCAGGUUCAGUUCUCCGAGAUUCGCGCCUUUGCUGGGCAGGGCCGGUCCUUAAACCAGGCACCGCCAUCGUCAACUCCGUACCAGAAUAUGGGAAUGCCAGCGGAGUCUCGACAAGCAUGGUUGAAACGGAUGGAGGAGGAUCAAGCUCAACGGGGCAAGACAGUCAGAGAGUUGGAGGACGACCGGCUGAUGCAGAAGCGUUGA